AUGGCUGCUUGGCUUGAUCUCGUCAGCGAGAAUGAAGUAUGGCACUUGGUGGAUACCAACCGCUUGGGAGAACUUGUGCAGGAAUUACCCUAUCCAAAAUUUCAAUAUCCAUCUCUGCUGUAUUUUACCGGUAAUUCAAACCGCAUGAAAGCUUUGCGGGCUCUGUUCCCAUACAACAACAUCACACGCAAAGGCCCCGCAGGCUUGAUUCGUCUUCAUCUCAGCACUAAGACCGCUCAUACACAGAGCCCUAUUCUGUUUGCUGAAAGCAGUUUAUGCCUGGAGUACAGCUUGGGCGACUCGAAAUGGCUCAAGCACUCAACGACAAAGCAUCGAAGCUUCUCUAUAACGGGCGCAGAAGGGCUGUUGCCCCCUGCAAGGCUACAACAAGAAGUGAAGAGGCAAAUUGUUUUACCAUGGACCCAGAUCCUGUGUUUGUUCCUCGAUUCCGCCGCUGACAUUCAGGCCGCAAGAAACUUACUCCAACAACCACGUCGACAGCUGACUAUUGGCGACGAGGGUAUUCCGGCUCCCACGCAGAUAGUCAUUGUCUUGACCAACGGCAAGCAUACAACAAAAGCCUUCACACAAGAAUACGCACAGCUUCAAAAGAUGAUCAAGACCGGGACAGUCACGAUUCUCGAUGUCAGUCCACGUAGCGGGCUUUCGGACAACGUCGUUUUUGCGCCACUGCAAUGCUUGAUCCUCAAGCAACUCGGUAUAGUCCAGGCCGAGCAACUAUCAGCUUGUCGGCGGUUCUCAGCAGUUCACCUCUGUGCUUUCUGGAACACUCAUGUACAAAGUCACCAAAGGCUGCUCGAUGCACCGCCAUUUGAUUUAUUGGAAAGGGCCCGAAGGGGCUAUACUAGAAAUGAUACGAUGGGCGAUUGUCUUCGAGAGGUCAGCCAGCAUAAACCAUCCGUUGGCUGCUCAGAGGAGGACUUUGAUGACCUUGUAGCUACGGCUUUCUUGAUGGAUGCCUACCCCCUGGAAUGCAUGGUAAGUUCGAUUUCUUUUUACUCGCACAUUCAUAUCUCGACUUCAAAGCUGAAUUGCCCAGGUUUCUCGCCCAUCUUGGUUUUCGCCGCAUUUUAUGAGAAAUUAUGUCUCAGUAUCUGGGACGCAAAGUUCCAGGGCCAUAUUGCUGGCGUUUCAUUCCGCUUCGUACAAAGUUUCGGGCAGUUGAGCUCUGUGAGAACUUCAGCAGCCAUUCGAAAGGAGACGUUGCAUCGCUUGUAUCGCCGGUGGGGUGGUCUUCGUUCCACCACUACUUGCUUGGUCUGUCUGUGUCGACCCCCGGAGCAUAUGCUCCCCUGCAAACAUGCAAUAUGUGACACCUGCGUCGUGAUCUUCGGAAAUCCAAGUUCGCUUGGGGAGUAUCACUUCGAGGUCGCUCAAUGCCCUAUCUGCGACGAGAGGUCCAACGUCACUGUCCGCCAACUACCUCCAACUAAGCAUCCGGUGAUUCUCAGUUUAGAUGGCGGUGGAGUGCGCGGUCUGAUUCAACUAGGCCUUCUACAAGCUUUAGAAAGGCGCAUUGGUGUUCCGAUCGCAUCUCUACCAGAUCUGUGCACUGGAACUAGUGUAGGUACGUACGACCACUGGCCGAGUGAUUAUGGUUGA